GUGGAAACGGAAAACUGAUCUUGUCCAGAUCUAUGUUUUACCGAAACGCUAUUGGAGUGUCGGCCCAAGAUCAAGAAAUUUUAAGUGUGAAAAGGGGGAGGUACAACUUUUGUGAACCAUCGGCAGGUGCCCAUCAGCGGCGUUAGCCUUUAAAGUAUAGAUACAGGUACUUAAUGUCCUUCAUAGACCUGUGAGUCCUGUGCGUGUUCAUUAAAAAGCCCGAGAGAAUGGAACCAACGUCAGUGACUUCGUCAGGAAACAAUUUCAACAUCAGUGAUCUUACUGAUGAUGAACAAAAACUGUUGAAGAGUAUACAAGAGAAGAAACAUCUGCUCCUCUUAGAAAUUCAGGAGCUGAAAAGAGAGAUUGAGGAAGUCACAAAUGAAUUGGAAGGAAUCGACAUAGGAGAUGAAAAGGUAUCGAGUACCUGAUUGAGCAUGGCCUGCUGCAGAACACAGCCGAGGACGUGGCACGCUUCCUGUUCCAGGGUGAAGGGCUCAACAAGACGGCCAUUGGGGAUUAUCUGGGGGAGAGAAAUGAUUUCAAUGUUGCAGUCUUGAAGGCCUUUGUGAAUCUUCAUGAGUUCACCGACAUGAUUCUUGUCCAGGCUCUGAGACAAUUCUUAUGGAGCUUCCGCCUGCCCGGUGAAGCACAGAAGAUUGACAGGAUGAUGGAAUGUUUUGCAGAGCGCUACUGCUCUCUCAACUCCGGUGUCUUCGUCAACACAGACACAUGCUAUGUGCUGUCGUUUGCCAUCAUCAUGCUGAACACAAGCCUGCACAACCCCAGUGUGAAGGACAAACCCACCACAGAGAGGUUCAUCCAGAUGAACCGGGGCAUCAACGACGGAGGCAACCUACCGGAGGAGUUGCUCACUAAUCUGUACGAUAACAUCAAGAAAGAACCGUUUAAAAUACCGGAGGACGAUGGCAAUGAUUUGAUGCACACUUUCUUCAAUCCCGUGAAGGAGGGCUGGCUCAUGAAGCAAGGUGGCAGAGUGAAGAGCUGGAAGCGCCGCUGGUUCAUCCUGAACGACAACUGCCUGUACUACUUUCAAUAUACUACGGACAAAGAGCCAAAGGGUAUCAUACCUCUAGAGAACAUACAAGUGCGAGAGGUGUCCAAUGAGAAGACAAAACCCAACUGCUUUGAACUUUUCUCAGCUGGGAGUUCAGAGAUUAUCAAAGCCUGCAAAGUUGACUCGGACGGAAAGGUGGUGGAAGGUCGCCACAAUGUGUACCGCAUGGCAGCUGCCUCAGUGGAGGAGAAGGAUGAAUGGAUCAACAGCGUGAGGGCGAGUAUAAAUGACAACCCGUUUUACGACAUGUUGGCCGCCAGACGGAAAAAUGCCACAGGGUCUUCAGGCAGAGCGAGGUAAAAAAGAGUGGAAAAACAAGCACCUGUGACUGGAGACAAGGGGAAAACAUAAAGACAACAGUCUGUUGCUGGUGCAUACUCUGAUCAGGAAGAUGGGAACGAAAGAUAGGAGAA